GCUUCCUGUAUUGUGUAUAAUUUAAAUUAUUUUUUUGUUUUGCUAAAUUUUUCUAAUUUUAUACACUGUGGGGUUUUUUUAAGGUUUUGAUUUAAACUAUUUCUUCCCCAAGACAACUGAGGAUAUUGAGGCUCAGAGAGACAAACAGUUAAAAUGCACAUCCUUAUGUUCUUCUAGUGUAAUAAAUGCUAUGGUAAAGACAAGGAAGAGUGCAACUUGAGUAAGAAGGAGGCUCAGCCGAUAAAGAGUGGGAUAAGCGGGGCUCCUUGGAAAAGUUGAUAUCUCAGGGAUCUUAUUUUGUUGAAGUCUAGGAUAAAUCUAUGAGACCAAGUCCAAGUAUUAGUUCUUAAAGUUUAUUUUGCACUGGCCACAGAUCUCCCUCUUGGUUGCUGUAUUCUGUAGAAUGAGUUAGAAUAUUCCAAAAGUAAUUCUGCACAAAGCUAAUGUUCCCUUGGGUUUAAUUGCCAAAUCUGCUUGUUAUUUCUAUUAAGAUUGUUUGCUGUGGUCAUGGUAACUGUAGCUGUAACAGUAGUGGCAGGUGUUGCUGACAGGAUUAUGUUGAAUAGGAGGAAAAUCUGGGGGCGGAAUGUAGGGGAUUGUUUUAAAGAUUUACAUCAGUAUUUCACUGCAAACUUAGUCUCACUUAGUAAUGAAUAUUUAACAAACUGUUCCUUGUUUAACAUGUUACAACUUUUUUAAAAAGUUUUUUUUUUUUUAAAGGCUUAAUUCUAUAAUCAUUGUACAAAUGGAGUGAAACCAGCAUAAUGGAAUAACAUCAUCUCAGCAUCCAUAAUAGAAGGUUUAGUUUCUCUCCAAUCUGAAUCAAGUCUCUUCAACAGACCACAUAUAAGAGGUGUCUCGUACUUCCUGUUGCCAGUGACUGGAACACAAUGGAUCACACAGGGGCACUGGAUACUGAGGAUGAAUUGGGACCUUUAGCACAUCUUGCUCCAAGUCCUCAAAGUGAAGCCGUUGCCCACGAAUUCCAGGAACUGUCCUUGCAGUCCAGUCAGUACUUACCUCCUCUGAACGAAAGGAAGAAUGGAAGUGUAGUCUUUUGGGAGUCAGGACUCCAGUCUCCUCUGCUGACUCAGUCUGUGAGCAUGGUGCUCCAGCUGAGGCUGCAACAAAGGAGGACGAGAGAACAGCUAGUGGACCAGGGCAUCAUGCCACCUUUGAAGAGCCCAGCGGCAUUCCAUGAGCAGAUAAAAAGCUUGGAACGAGCCAGAACUGAAAACUUUUUGAAGCACAAGAUUCGAAGCCGACCAGAUCGUUCUGAACUUGUCAGGAUGCACAUUUUAGAAGAAACAUUUGCAGAGCCAUCCCUGCAGGCCACUCAGAUGAAGUUGAAAAGAGCUCGCCUAGCUGAUGAUCUGAAUGAAAAGAUUGCUCAGAGACCUGGUCCAAUGGAGCUGGUAGAGAAAAACAUCCUGCCUGUAGACUCCAGUGUUAAGGAAGCAAUUAUAGGUGUUGGGAAGGAGGGCUAUCCCCAGACUCAGGGUGAUUUCUCAUUUGAUGAAGACAGCAGUGAUGCUUUGUCUCCGGACCAGCCUGCCAGCCAGGAGUCACAGGGCUCAGCGGCGUCCCCAAGUGAGCCAAGAGUUAGUGAGUCGCCGUCUCCUGUAACUACAAACACUCCAGCCCAGUUUACCACAGUGUCUCCAGCAGUUCCUGAAUUCUUGAAAACUCCUACUACUACAGAUCAGCCCCCCACAAGGUCCACAGCUCCUGUGCUCCCCACAAACACUGUGUCCUCAGCAAAGACUGGGCCAGCACUGGUAAAGCAAAGCCAUCCCAAGAAUCCGAAUGACAAGCACCGUAGCAAAAAAUGCAAAGACCCCAAACCACGGGUAAAGAAGUUGAAGUACCACCAGUACAUUCCACCAGACCAGAAAGGUGAGAAGAGCGAGCCACAGCUGGACUCCAACUACGCCCGCCUGCUCCAGCAGCAACAGCUGUUCCUGCAGCUACAGAUCCUGAGCCAACAGCAGCAACACUACAACUACCAGACCAUCCUCCCUGCACCACUCAAGCCACUCAAUGACAAAAAUAACAACAGUGGGAAUUCAUCUUUGAACAAUACCACACCUAACACACCAAGACAGAAUCCAUCUGCUCCUGUGAGGAAGCCGGGACCUCUGCCUUCUAGCUUGGAUGACUUAAAGGUAUCGGAACUGAAGACAGAACUGAAGUUAAGGGGUCUUCCAGUGUCAGGCACCAAACCGAACCUUAUCGAACGUCUGAAACCCUACCAGGAAAUGAACAGCAACGGCGUCGCUGCUGAUGGCACUGUGGCAGUGUCAACAUCUGCCAUCACCACCAGUAACCCAGAAGUCGCCAGGGCAGUGCCAGUCACCACACUGCAUAACUGUGUGGCUAGCUCGGGCUCCACUCUCAAGGCAGAACUGCCACCUGCUGGAACCAGCAAUGUGGCCCACGUGGAAAACGUCAAUUCGCCUCUGCCAAUCUCGCCAUCUCCCUCCGAACAGUCCAGUCUCAGCACCGAGGACACAAACAUGGCCGACACGUUCACCGAGAUCAUGACCAUGAUGUCUCCGUCACAGUUCCUUUGUUCAUCUCCACUGAGAGUGACCAGUAAUGAAGACAGCCUAAGUCCCACCAGCAGCACUCUGUCCAGUCUGGAACUGGACGCUGCAGAGAAAGACCGCAAGCUUCAGGAGAAAGAGAAGCAGAUCGAAGAGCUAAAGAGGAAACUGGAACAAGAGCAGAAGCUUGUGGAAGUUCUGAAAAUGCAACUUGAGGUUGAGAAACGAGGGCAGCAGCAGCAGCAGCAGCAGCAGCAGCAGCAGCAGCGGCGGCCCCUGGACCCCCAGCCCAGUGCCCCAGCUAAUUCUAUCAGUCAGUCAGAACAGAGACAUGGCAGUGUUGGCUCCUCCAUUAAAGACGAGACCUCUCUCACUGACUGCUCCAGCCCCAGGCAGCCUGUCCCGGGAGCCAGCCAUGCUAUAGGCCAGCCUGUCUCUAUGGGUGCCCAGACCAUUGUUGCCAAAAAGGCUGUAGUGAUCAAGCAAGAGGUCCCUGUGGCCCAGGCAGAGCAGCAGAGCAUCGUCCCGCAGUUUUAUGUGAGUUCCCAGGGACAGCCGCCGCCUGCUGUUGUCGCUCAGCCUCAGGCUUUGCUGACCACACACACUGCUCAGCUGCUGCUCCCAGUGUCCAUCCAGGGCUCCAGUGUCACCUCAGUGCAGCUCCCCGCAGGCAGCCUCAGACUCCAGACUCCACCACAAGCAGGAGUCCAGACUCAGCCUCAGAUAGCGACUACCACCUUGUCCUCAGGCUUGGCCCAGACUGGACCUCAGCAGCCAGGCACAUUCACACCGCACGUGCUCAGUCAGCCGCAGCAAGUCAGAAAGGUUUUCACAAGCUCGGCAUCCAAUGCAGUUCUUUCAUAUCAGAGACCACCUGCUCCAGUGGUCCAGCAGCCCUUGAUUAACAAGACAUCCAGCGGCAUUCUCCAGUCCAGAAGUGCACCCCUUCCAUCCCUGCAAAACGGACCGAACCCUCCCAGCAAGCCGAGUUCGCCCCCUCCACCCCAGCAGUUUGUCGUCCAGCACUCUCUGUUUGGGAGCCCCGUCCCCAAGACAAAAGACCCUCCCCGCUAUGAGGAGGCCAUCAAGCAGACACGCAGCGCCCAGCCCUCUCUUCCAGAGGUUUCCAAUGCACACAGUCAGCAGAUGGACGACCUCUUUGAUAUCCUCAUUAAGAGUGGAGAGAUUUCCCUCCCUAUAAAGGAAGAGCCUUCUCCUAUUUCCAAGAUGAGACCAGUGACAGCCAGCGUCACCACCAUGCCCCUAAACACAGUGGUGUCCCGGCCACCACCCCAAGUCCACCUGGCACCACCUGUAUCCUUAGAACCUAUGAGCAGUUUAUCUGCCAGUUUAGAGAACCAACUAGAAGCUUUCUUGGAUGGGACUUUACCUUCAGCCACUGAAAUCACGCCACUCCAAAGCAGCAGUGAGGACAGAGAGCCCUUCUCCCUGAUCGAGGACCUCCAGAACGACCUGCUGAGUCACGCGAGCGUGCUGGACCACUCACACUCACCCAUGGAGACCUCCGAGGCCCAGUUUGCUGCAAGCACUCCCUGUCUGUCCCUUGACCUCUCUGACUCAAACUUGGACAACAUGGAGUGGUUGGACAUCACCAUGCCUAACACAUCGUCAGGACUCACUCCUCUCAGCACCGCUGCCCCAAGCAUGUUCUCCGCCGACUUUCUAGAUCCACAAGACCUGCCGCUGCCGUGGGAUUAACGUCAGGUUUCUCAUCUGAGCUCACGAGGUUUAAGAUGAUGAUUCUAAAAGGUCAGUUUUUAGAGACAGACCCAUAGUUGCAAUGAAAAUAUGUUGUCACAGGAAGAAUGGAUAGAUGGU